AUGACAGACGCUGCCACCGUUAAUGGCGCUACGGAUGGAGCGCAAUCGCUCUCUUACAGUACCUCCAAUAUACUCGAAGCCUUGCAAGUCAUUCACAACCCUGCAACCAAAAAUGAUGUACGGCGAGAAGCAUCCCAGUACUUGGAAAACCUGAAAGCAAGCCCUGAGGCGCCUGAAUAUGGCUUUGCUCUGUCCACCGACCGAUCUCAAUCGCCGAUGGUGCGGCACUUUGGUCUGUCUCUACUCAGCCAUGUCAUCCGCCAUGAAGGUCAUAACCUCACCGAGCAGCAAAACGAUCAACUUCGCGAAUGCGUGCUCGAAUUAGGCAGAUCGAUCUUGCCGUCGGAUCUUUCAUUCAUUCGCAACAAGACCGCAGAACUUUGGAUAGAGUUGGCCAAGCGAAGCUGGGCUUUGGACUGGUUCGACUUGGACGAACAUUUGGUCCGGUUAUGGUCGCAGGAAAUGGUUCACAAGGACUUUGUGCUGACUGUGUUGGAAAACCUAUCCGAAGACAUCUUUGUCCGUGAUGACAGCAUUGCUAUCUUGCGUGGGAGAGACUUGAACUCGGCCUUGGUUGAGAUCUUCACCUCAAAGUCCAACUACGCUGGAGGCAUCAAGAUCGGCGACUCCGUGCAUCAAGUACGAUACGGAGAUGACGGAUGGCUUACAAGAAUCAGGCAGUUUCUGGACGAGUCGGGGAAAAGUCCAGAUCAGAAUGGUGCUCUCAAAGACACAACCCUCAAAGCACUGGCGACCCUCCGGUCGGUCUUCAUGUGGGUCAUGACGCCUUCUAUAGUUCAUUCUAUGUCGUUGGCAAUUACUUGCAAUUUCCUGACCAAGACGGACCCGGACCUUGUCAUGGCCGCAGUUGAUGCUCUUCUCUCCUUGUAUGGAAGAAGCCGUCUAGAAGAGCUAGAAGUUCAGGCUCUCGUCUAUCCUCUCAUUCAACCAGACAGCAUCAACACCCUAAGGCAGCUAUACACCUGGUCGAUUGUCUCAAUCGACGAGAUUGACAGCAGCAAAUAUCUCAUUUCGAAAAAGUUAUCAGAGUUAAUGUCCUGCCUCUCCGAUCACAUGUGUCAAUAUGCACCUCCGGACGCCAGCGCAUUCGAUCUGUCGCCAUUCCUACACUUCUUAAUAGCUAUCGCCGAGCACGAAAGCCUCAUUGUUUCCAUCCCGGUUGUCCAUUCUUGGGUCAAGUUGUUGGAGGUGUCGGCCUGGAGAAAAGCUCGUGUUGUCUCUCAGUGCGUUGGUCCGCUUUUGCAACUUGCAUCUCAACGGCUCAUUCAAUACGAUCAGCUCCCUGAAGGCGAACAGGAAGCUGCCGUGGCUUUCGUCAGCGACGAAAUCGAACUGUUCCCGGAACGGCAGGGGUUCUACCUGAACUAUCGCCGACUUUGCUCGGCGGUGAUUGAAUGGGUUUGCUAUGCUCAGUUAGAGGAGGCCAUGCAGGCGGUCAUGAACAGAGUCGAUGAGCUCCUAGACGGGGUGCAAGCCGCCGAACAGCAACUCGAUCUCGCCAGAUAUGAAAGAGUAUCCAUGAAUGUGCUUCGAGCUGAUGCAUACUUCGCCAUGAUUGAUGCAGCUUUCAAAGGCCUCGAUCGCUGGCAAGCAAGGCAUCGAGAAGGUCGGACGCCGGAGCAGGAUCAGCUUCUCCAGAAAGUGAGGGAGGCAUCCAAAGCUUGGAUGCUCAAUAUGCUGAAGACGCGGGAUUUCAAAGACCCGCAGAUCAGACAACGACAGAUCAAGACUGCAGUUGAAGUCUCUAACCGGGCCCUUCAGAAGGACACCGGGUUCGCCUUCAAUGUGCUUGAACACAUUCUGUCGUCUUUCAUCAUUACCCAACAGCAGCACUCGGUCUAUGCCGAGGCUGUCGGAGAACUUCACAGCUAUGCCACAAGUGAGUUGAGGAGGUUGGCACUGCAGCAUGCAGACUAUUUUGUCACUUUCUAUGAUCAGCUUGAGAGCAAGUUCUCAGAUCUCAUCAAUCAGCUCGGUGCUGACGAGCGUCUACAAAUCGACCUCAAGUCGACCCUUUUCUCGGUCAUCCAACGUGCCGGAGCCGUUGACUACGCACAGCGGCAGGCCAAAUUGGAGGGUUUCCUUCAACCGCUCGCCGCUGCUUGGGCGGAUGACAAUCUCCAGGCUACACUCCGGAAUCUGGAGGCAUUUGCUCACUCUCAAGCGUUCGACCAGGUUGGACCCUACUUGGCGUCGACGCAGGCCGCGAAUUUCGAGGAUUGGUCACAAGUUCCAUAUGACAGUCGUGGAGUGCAGAUCCAGCAGGACAUGCUGACGUCUUAUUCCAAACUACCUCUACGGGAAACCAGAAUCCUGCUCAGCAUAUCGACCGAAGGACUUGAGCAGGGCUCCGAGCUGCACAAAAUGAUCUGUGACUUGUGGUCGCCGCUCAUUCCAAACAUGCUCCCGCACGUCCUACAACUGACGAGCUAUAACCACCAACUGCACAAUCCAGGAUCGUGGCCCAACGUGACGCCAGAGCUGCAGGGACUCAUCCGCCGAGUUCUGCGCGACCGCUACUGGCAGUCAGGCAUAUCCAGUGGCACGAUGAACGACUUCCACAGCAAAGUCAAAUCGACCAAGUCAACGCUUGAAGGGUUUGCGUCCUCGGUACGAGGAAGAAUCCGCAACAAUCUCGAACAAUGCUACAGCAUUCUCCACACGUUAGGCAGACUUGGUCCGGUGUUCUACAGCCUGCAACAACUCCCCGACAUGAUUGCCGAAGCCGCCAUCAACACCACGGCUCCACUCAGUCCUCACCACUUCUCGGUCAUGAUUCAGAUGCUACCGAAACUGAUUGACGAGUGUCCACCCGAGAGUCGGGAACAUUUCCUCACGCCAAUCUUGUCGGCCCUGCUCGAACAGAUGGACACCAAACUAUCCAGCGAAUGGGUCAAGAUGGACCAACGCAAACAGACCAAGCAGGAAGAAGAGAAUCUCAGCGAAGAAAUGAGAGACGACUCGGUCCUCCGGCAGACGACAUACAAAGCCGUUAAUCUGGUGGCGCACUGGUUGAACCCCAAACGCGAACAACAGCUCAGCACGAAAAAGUCCAUCGUCAACGGCAACUAUCUGGCCCAAGGCGGCAACCAGCAGACGAUGCGAGAAUUCCUGCUGUCCAACGUCCGCAUCUUGGAGAAAUUGCUCGUUUUCGUCACCCACGCUCUGGCCUUCAAGGACACGAGGUCGUGCUACACCAUGCUCGGGGCUGUGCAGCGCAUGGUGCCGGAAUUCGCCUUUGACCAAUUCAUCUCGGGCCAGGAGGCCGCUGCGGUGCGUGAAUUUGUGUCUACCGACAUGCUCAAGACGGCCAUCACGUGUCUCAACGAUGGCUACUUCGCUGACCAUCAGCAACACUAUGCCCAGCUGAUCGCGACCAUUUGGCUGGCGUAUGGCUUGCCCGUUCAUGUCCCUGCCACGGAGACGGCGCCGGCCCAUGAACGGCCGCCGCUGACUUCGACGCCGCGAGACGUUAUUCUCAGUUUACCCGGUAUGACGGAUGCUAAGGUCGACAAGGCCGCCGCCCAGCUCGUUCAGGAGGGACUGGGUGCCCGAUCGAAGAAAUUGAGAGCGAUCAUUCUCUCGUUGCUUGAGGGCGUGCGUGGUGUCAGGGUCAGCGAGCUCGGCAAGAUCGAUAUGCGACAGCAGCAGUCUAAAAUCCUGGAGAAAUACAAGCAGCGCGAACUGCUUGGGAUGCAGGGCGUCGAAGAUCGCGGUGCUGGUAAUGCUGAUGAUGGAGUCGACCUAGGCGGCGUGGCCGACAUGUUUGCUGGUUAG